AUGUCUUGGUGCACGAUCGAGUCGGAUCCCGGUGUAUUCACUGAGCUUAUUCAACAAAUGCAAGUCAAAGGAGUGCAGGUUGAAGAAUUGUAUUCUCUGGAUAUUGACUCUCUCAAUAACCUCAGACCCGUCUACGGUUUGAUAUUUCUUUUCAAAUGGCAAGCUGGAGUAAAAGAUGAUCGUCCAACAAUCCAAGAUCCCGUGUCUAACCUUUUCUUCGCAAACCAGGUCAUUAACAAUGCUUGUGCAACUCAAGCGAUCCUCUCUAUCCUCUUGAACUCUCCAGACGUUGACAUCGGCCCUGAGCUAUCGACGCUGAAAGAAUUCACCAAGAACUUCCCAUCUGAUCUCAAGGGAUUGGCUAUCAAUAACAGCGACGCUAUAAGGGCUGCUCACAACAGUUUCGCAAGGCCUGAACCAUUUGUCCCAGAGGAACAGAAAACUGCUACGAAAGGCGAUGACGUUUACCAUUUCAUAAGCUACAUACCUGUGGAUGGAGUCUUGUACGAGCUUGAUGGUCUCAAGGAAGGACCUAUCAGUCUUGGUCCAUGCCCUGGUGACCAAACUGGUAUUGAAUGGCUGCAAAUGGUUCAACCGGUGAUCCAAGAACGGAUCGAGAGAUACUCACAGAGCGAGAUCAGGUUCAGUCUCUUGGCUGUCAUCAAGAACAGGAAGGAUAUCUACACAGAGGAACUCAAGGAGCUUCAAAAGCAGAGGGAACAGAUGUUGCAGGAGAUGGCUGGGUCUGACAAAAGCGGCGCAGAAGCAUUUGAGCUGUUGAUUGGUGAGGUGAAUAGUGGGAUCGAAGCUGUGAGUGAUAAGAUUGUAAUGGAAGAAGAGAAGUUCAUGAAAUGGAGAACAGAGAACAUUAGGAGGAAGCACAACUACAUUCCGUUUUUGUUCAACUUUCUCAAACUUCUUGCGGAGAAGAAACAGUUGAAACCUUUGAUUGAGAAGGCCAAGAAACAGAAGACAGAAAGCUCCACUUGA